AAGUUUAUGUUGUAUAAGCACUGCAAACUGCAGCUGGUCUGUUUUGGAAACAAUGAAGCAGGAAGGAAGAAUUCACUUUGAACCAAACCAGUCCUAGGUCCUUCUGCUGAUCAUCUUCUGAAGAGAAACACAAAACUCAGGAUUUUCUAAACAGAGGGAGAUUUCCAUUAUGCCAGGCUACUCAGAAUUUUAUUUCAACGUGGAUCAUGGAUAUCUCGAAGGACUGGUCCGAGGCUUUAAAGCUGGAAUCUUGAAGGCUUCUGACUAUGUCAACCUAGCACAGUGCGAAACCCUGGAAGACCUAAAGUUACAUUUGCAAACCACAGAUUAUGGAAACUUCUUGGCCAAUGAAACUGGCCCCCUCACCGUCUCUACAAUUGAUGACAAACUAAAAGUCAAACUACUGACAGAAUUUCAAUAUUUUAGAAAUCAUGCCUUUGAGCCACUUUCAACAUUUCUAAAUUAUGUAACAUACAGCUAUAUGAUUGAUAAUGUGAUUCUCCUCAUUACUGGUACGCUGCGCCAAAGACCCAUAGAUGAAUUGGUUCUUAAAUGCCAUCCUUUGGGCAACUUUGAGCAAAUGGAAGCUGUCAGCAUUGCUCCAAACCCUGCAGAGCUCUUCAACGCAAUCUUGGUGGACACGCCAUUAGCUGAUUUUUUUCAAGAUUGUGUAUCUGAAAAUGACCUGGAUGAAAUGAAUAUUGAACUCAUGCGCAACAAACUGUACAAGUCUUAUCUUGAGGCCUUUUAUUCAUUCUGCAAAAAACAAGGUGGCACUACAGCAGAUAUAAUGUGCCCUAUUUUAGAGUUUGAAGCUGACCGGCGGGCAUUUAUCAUCACCAUUAAUUCAUUUGGAACUGAACUAAGUAAAGAGGACAGACAGAAGCUGUAUCCAACUUGUGGGAGACUGCAUCCAGAAGGCUUAGAUAUGCUUGCCAAGGCUGAGGAUUAUGAGCAAGUGAAGGGUGUGGCAGACUACUAUGCUGAAUACAGGGCUUGCUUUGAAGUGGUUGGAGGUGGUACAGGUGACAAAACGUUAGAAGAUGCUUUUUUUGAGCUUGAGGUAAAAAUGAAUGUGCUGGCAUUCAACAGUCAGUUUCAUUUUGGCGUCUUUUAUUCCUAUGUUAAACUGAAAGAACAAGAAAGCAGAAAUAUUGUAUGGAUUGCUGAGUGCAUUUCCCAAAGGCACAGAACAAAGAUUAACAACUACAUCCCUAUAUUCUAAAUUGGUUGUUAGUGAUGCCUGUUGUCAUCUAUUAAGCGUUCUUUACUAAAUUGUUCCUCAUACUACGAAAAAAAAUCUGUUUGCAUAUUUGGCCCUCAGGAAGUGGUUGUCCUAGAAAGUAACAUUUGGUUGUUCCCAUAUGUUCAGGCUGUUCCAAUGAAACAACUCAAGACAUGAUUUGAGCAAUUUUCAGUCACCAUAUUACAACAAAAGUAAGGUGAAUACAAAGGCUUGUGAUUAGGAUGUUCAAAUAUCCUAUUUUAUAAAAGGCAAUCAUCUACUUAAAGGGUUGUCAAAGAUGUUUUUCUUUAUAAAGGCAAGCUCUAUUUGAAGGGAUUUCCAGGUCACAUAUGACUUAAAGUUUAAAGAAUCAGUUGAGAUAGUACUUCAAACUGGAGAUAGUACUUCAAAUUGGAGAUGCUUGUGAAUAAUUAGCAGCUGGAGUAGGGGUUUCUGCAGGGUGUGGUAAAAAAAUUCAAACUGGUGGCUGCAAUGGUGCAACUGAACCUCCACCUAUUUUAAUGUGUGUCAUACAUGUGAAGCACAUAAUAAACAGGUGGAGCUUCAAUCACACCAUUGUGUCUGCCAUAUUGACUUUUUUGACUGCACCCUAUGGACAUCCCUCAGUUGGAGAGUAAGCAAAGGCACAUAAGUCACCUGGUCAUAGCCUUCCACACUUUGGCAAGAUGGAUGUCAUUUCUAUUUAUGUCACAGUAAUUAUUUUUAGACCUGCCUUUAUUUUAUGCAAGAUUGUGCCAAAUUUGAUCCUCUUUGGGGUUCAUGUUUGUGUUGCCACCCAAGAGUUGUGAUAACACUGUGGAAAACUUGCUACCUCCUUAAUGAGCAACACAAAAAAAUUAUCAAUUUAGUGUAACAACUGCAGUAUGUAAUAAUUUUAAGCAGUCAGAUUGAUUAACCUCUGAUGACUAAAUUAGGUUAAAUGGGCCCCUUUUUUAUGGAAUGAUGCAACUAGGACUCAAAAGCUACAUCACAAAGCAGUAAUAUUUAAUGGGAUAGUUCUGCUUAUUGCUGGAUUCCUUUGGGGAAUUGUGUCUUUAAUAUGCAUAGUAUACAUAAAUUUCAGAUUAUAGUGAUUCUAGAUUUCUUUGGGUUUUCUGUAGCAAAAAGAAAUGCCCCCAAUUUGAUCCAGAGAUCUUUUUGAAUACAUAUAAAGAAACCUAUCCUCUAAUAAUAACUCUUGUGAAAGGGAAGGGAUACUUGGCAUUAGUGCCUUCCCAUUAUUUACUAAUGGGUGGGUAUGCUUAAUUAAGCUAUGAG